AUGACGCACCCAGUUAUAUCACUAAAGCCAAGCUACAAUUCUGUAAUACGGGGCUGCCCCGGUUUACCUGAUACGUUACCACGAAUCGAAUGCCAGUUAAGAGUGCGCUCAAACAACUCUUUGCCAUUCAAAUUGGUAAAGAUCGAAAUUGUUUUAAAGACAAUUGAAAUAUAUUUCAACAAAAACCUUUAUAGCAGCAAUAACAGCUCUUUCACCCCAUUUAAUCGUCCGUCGGACCCCUCUAAUGGCCAUUCUGACACCAGUAACCAGAACAUCAGCAUUCAUUAUAAGAAAAACAUCGUGUUAUCCCACCCUACCCAUGAUGGCGACGAUCUCAACAAUGAUCUUAUUGGCAUAGACAUACCUUUGACGAUUGGGCUACCUGACGACAUCAAAGAAACAAACUAUAAUCCGAAAUUCGGCAAAACGCAGACUUUCCUGGAUUGUACCGUGUUUUAUACAGAGGUCGGCGGAGGAAGCUCAAAUAAGAAAAGAAAUUUUCUUUACCCAGUAAACGUCGAAAGGUAUACAUACCUACCUUCACCGUCAUAUUUCAGGCCAAUAAACAGAUCAAACAUCACUUCUCCCGAUCAAAAGUUCUUAAUUAGUUAUUCCAUUGAGAAUCCCUGUGUUUCUAUGAAUAAUGACACGUUGAAACUCUCCAUAUCAAUCAGGCUGAACCCAUUUCCGAACAAUGCCACAACUCCCUCUUCGAAUGACUUUGAUGUGUCCACGCCGACACUUUUCUCCACAAAGAAAAAGUUUAAGUCCAAGCUCAAAUUGAAAUCAAUUACAACACAGAUACUAGAAUACUUGGAAAUUCUGAAGAACCAAUCAGAAUUCUCAUCCACGCAAACAACAAAUAUUUUGCAAACCUCUGUAAGACAGGUUGAUCAAAUCAUCUCCAUGAAUUCAAUGAUUUUUCAAUUCAACCUAAAAAUAUUCACUAAGGACAAAAUUUUACAAAGCUUUAGAUCUUCUGAGUCGAGUUGUCCCGAAACUAAAGUAUUAAUCAACAAAAUCGACGACAUUCCUCUGCAAUAUCAUAGUUCGAUAACUACGAUAGGUCAACAUUUUAAUGUUUCUCACUAUCUUUCAAUAAGGUUCAAAUUCAAUAAAAGUCUGAAAAACUUCGAAAUUAAUCACCCCCUAAUCAUAUCGUUUUGGUCAGUAAGUCAAUUGCCGCUAAUCGAGAACCUAAUAUUGCAAGAAAGACAAACUGCUAAAUUUGCCAAGAAGUUUUAUAAAAAUUUUGGUCGAAUCAAGAACACGAGCAACAACAAUAACAGCUCGAACUGUCUAGAGUAUCCCUCCUUGCCGCCAAUAAUUUAUAAUUUUAACGACCCAGAAACAAAUAAUAGAUUUAAUAUAUUAUACUCGCAAAAGGACCCUAGUCGUACGGAUCCUUCUAAAUUGAGAAGAGUACCUGUCAUACAAUGA